UCUUUUUUUUUUUAGGUUCUGGAGAGCUUUAAGAUCAUGGACUACAGUCUGCUGCUGGGCGUGCACGUCCUGGACCACAGGGAGGUGGGGGAGCCGGGCCAGACGGGGGGAGACGGCAGGAGGAACGUAGGUCAGAGAGUGCUUUACUCCACGGCCUUGGAGUCCAUCCAAGGAGACGGCAAGGCGGCCGAAGUUGUCACCACUGACGACACGAUGGGCGGCAUCCCGGCAAAAACACACAAAGACGAAAAGCUGCUCAUCUUCCUGGGCAUCAUAGAUAUCCUGCAGUCGUACAGAUUCAUGAAAAAGUUGGAGCAUUCGUGGAAAGCCUUGGUGUAUGAUGGUGAUUCGGUUUCUGUCCACCGGCCCGCGUUUUACGCCAGCCGCUUCCUUAAGUUCAUGAGCGUACGGGUCUUCAGGAAGAAUCAGCGUAAGUCUGCGAGUCGACAUGCUAAUGCAAAGGGAACGGGUGAAAAGAGCCAGGAUUGGGGGGAAGCAGGAAAUCCUGACCUGAUAAAGACGGGGAAUCUGAGGGCAGAUCUUAUUGUGUAUGUUAGGGCAUUUGUGUGCCGAUGAUUACAGGAUCUCCUUUCUCUCAGGCCAUCGCAGCAAAGAGAACGCUACCUUGUGAAAGAAAUGUCUUUGGCUCCAGGACUGGUUCAUAAAAUAAAGAUUUCUAUGGUGAUUUAGCAAACAAGAAGGAGGAACCCGGAAGAAAUGCUGACUGGAAACAAAAGCUUGGAGAGCAAACAGACUCUGCCAACAGAGUUAAAAUGUCUUUCUGGCGAGCCGAGUCUGCACUUUAUUCAACUUAGGAACUAAACCAGUCUGUGACAACAAUUGUAAUUCAAAUAA